GCUGCAGUGAGGAGCACCAAACUGGUCUCCUCGCUGCGGACUUACUUGCUGUCCUGACAGGAGUCUUGGAGCCAUCAGUCAAAAUGGGUGACAAACUGGACAUGUCGGAAGUUGAAAAAUUUGACAAAUCAAAACUGAAAAAAACAAUUACUGAAGAAAAAAAUACACUUCCAUCGAAGGAAACUAUUCAGAAGGAGAAAGAUGAUAUUAAAACAUCAUAAAAUGAAGACCUCCUUUCAAGACCUACUCCAACCAUGCCUGAUAGUAAGGGUUUUAGGAUUGUAGAGAUUUUAGGCAGUGACUCAUGGAGUCUCACCUCUACUGCCUUGGA